AUGCUGGCACAUCCGGCAAUAGGUGCAAUACAGCUUUUCUCCACUUCUCUCUCGGCAUUCAAUGCAGAGGACUUCGCCCCGCCCAUUCACCGUGACAACAACACCUGCUUGAUACCUUCCGGUGCGGCAGCCGCAAUCAACGCAAAAUCGACGCGGGGUCUCGGUGUUACCUUUCUCGCGCUUCUGGCCAUUGAUUUGCUUGUCGGUAAAUUCAGUUCCGGGCCGGAGUUUUAG